CUCAAAACCGGAUUGGAGCCGGACCGAGUCAAAAUCAAAUUGUUUCCAAUCCAAUCUUAAGUCAUCAUAUUCUCGAAAAAACCGGGACCAAUUUAGCCGGAACAAACAUAUAGCCUCCCCUAUAACAAAGAGUGCACCGGCGAGCGAACUGUAUGUAUUAAGAAGUUAGGAGUUCAUUUAUUAAUGUUCCUUCGCCAUUUCCGAAGUAUCGACAGACGACAGUAAUUAAUCCACAUGGCUUCGGACCUUGGUCAGUUGAGGAUGAAAAGAGUCUCGCACCGACAGACAGAGAAAAAGCAAGAUUCACCACUUGGUCGACAUUUCAAAUUUCCAAUUAAUGGUGUUCCAAUGGAAAAUUCCCAAUCUCCACACCAAGAAAUGAACAACGCGACAAAGUUUCCCUCGUAUCCAGUAGUCGAUGAACAGAGAGUGGCGCAUGAUCUGAAGAGCUUGCAGAUUUUUCCUAUCAUUACUUCCCGGGUAUGCCUUCCUUCGAUCCUUUAUUUAUUUGCUACUAGUUUGGACGAAUUUGUGCCCCCUGUUUCUGGCUUGUAAUAAGCAAAUGGAUUGGCAUCUUCCUGUGACGUGAGCGAAUUUGCAAUGCGAUUGUUCCGUUCUCCUUUUUCAGGUCCUACGUCAAUGGAGAAGCGGCAGGUAUGCCGGAGAUUCCUCUCUGCAAUGGCCAUUUGUUUCUUACCGUUGCCUAUUUUGGUCAUCUUGAUCCCUGGAAUCCAUCAGAAAGCGUCCACCUUUGAUGUCAUUGGGCGAUUGUACAAACCGCACCCAGUGGGAGAACGAGUUCAGAAUCUCCAUGGGUUGUCGUCUGAUCUGGGGUUUGAUGGAAAGUCGUGCUUAAGCAGAUUGCAGAGCAGGCGUUACCGCAAAUCUGGAACCCAGAGGAAACCUUCUGCUUAUUUACUCUCCAAACUUCGAAGCUACGAGGCUCUCCAUAGGCGUUGUGGCCCUUACACUGAAUCCUACAACAGAACUGUACAACUUAUCGGGUCAGGGAAUCUCAGUACCUUCAGUAGUACCAAUUGUACAUAUCUCGUAUGGCAUCCUGUGCAUGGGAUAGGAAACAGAAUUGUAAGUCUGGCUUCCACCUUUCUGUAUGCCUUACUAACAGACAGAGUUCUUCUUACUGAUCUUGGAGAAGACAUGGCUGGCCUCUUCUGUGAGCCAUUUCGGGGCUCGUCCUGGGUGCUGCCUCUGGAGUUUCCUCUCAAGAACCUUUUCCGUAGGAACGCGUUUAGAUUUGCUCACAGUGUUGGCAGUGCUCUGAAGAAUGGCACAUUGAAAGUUACAGAAGAUUCGCCAGAAGCACCUCCAUUCCUUUUUCUGAAUCUCUACAAAGGGAUCUAUGCGGAUUCAGAUUAUUGUUUCUACUGUGAUGAAAGCCAGUCAUUUCUUAGCAGAGUGCCCUGGUUGAUUAUGCUAUCAGAUCAAUACUUCAUGCCUUCCUUCUUCCUCAUACCUUCAUUCAAACAGGAGGCUAUCAAAUUGUUCCCAGAGAAAGAGGCAGUCUUUUUUCACCUGGUUCAUUAUCUUGUGCACCCGUCAAAUCGGGUUUGGGAACUGAUCACCAGGUUCUAUGAAGCAAACCUUGCUAGUGCGAAUGAAAGGAUCGGCCUCCAAGUUAGACUCUUCAAAGCCCAAUUCCGCACAUCUACUGUUUUUACCGAUCAGAUUCUGGCUUGCUUGCUGAACCAAACCCUUCUUCCAGAGAUUGACAACCGGAGUCCAGAACUUUCUUCGACUUCACCUGGAAACCAGACAACAAAAGCUGUCCUGAUAACAUCCCUGUACCCUCAGUUCUAUCAGAACCUCAGCACAAUGUACUCCAACAAACCAACUGCCAGCGGUGAAGUGAUCAGGUUUUACCAACCGAGCCACGAGGAGAAGCAGAAAUUUGGAGACAGUGAGCACAACAUGAAGGCAUUGGUUGAGAUAUAUCUGCUUAGCAUGUGUGAUAAGUUGGUGAUCAGCUCAAAGUCGACCUUUGGCUAUGUAGCUCAGGGAUUAGGGGAUACUCGGGCCUGGAUGCUGCGCAGACCAGGACAUGGGACCAAUGAUCCAUGUGUGAGAGACCUGUCAACAGAUCCAUGUUUUCACUACCCUCCUUUCCGGAACUGCAAUGCUGCUGGAAACAACAAAAGCAGCUAUGUUGAUGUUGCUGAACAUGUUUCUUAUUUGAAGCAUUGCGAGGACCAGAAUAGGGGAGUGAAACUAGUUGAUGUUCAUGAAGAGUUGUAGCAAGAGGUGUCGGGGUAAUUAAGAUGUUGAAUGUUUUGUGUGAUUGAUUAUUUUAGAGGCAUAGAGCCAAUUUUGGGUCUCGUCGCCAUGGAGAGUUUGGAUGACCUUACUGGUUUCUUUACUUUCAGGUGACUAGUGGUCUAGUGGAUACUCGCUCACAUUUUCUGUUGACAAAAAAGAAAGUGUUAUGUACUUU